GUCCUGCUCCGUUCCAAGCCAGACCCAUCGACCGCUUGAUCAGUGGUUCAGACCUGCCACAUCAGUCCGCUGAGAAGCACACCCACCCGGAAAUGCGGCCAAGAGGUUUCAAUCACCUCUACCAACGCGCGCCAGAUCGUCAUCGCUGACCCAAUGGGCCGCCCUAGAUGGCUUUCCUGCCCAGGAAGAGUGGGUUCGCCCGAGUGGAUAAAGAUCUCACGCCAGAGCCAUGGAGGAGAUCAGAAUAGCAGACGAUUUAUCCUCUCCCCCUCUCUCACACAUCGACACUAGCGAGACGUAGCUCAUCAUGCCGCACUUUGAAUCUGCCCCCAAGUACUCGGAAGCCGAUCCGGCACAGGCGGCGAGCCAAGAACAUGCAUGUGGCGACCCUGUCCCGCCAUAUGAGGAUUUCCAGGUGAAAGGCCUCGUGAGGCGAGAUACUGAGCGCAUAUUUUUUGACCAGGCCGUGAUUAAUGCUCUUGGGGAUGGCGAGACCAUUGUGAAUGCUGAGCGGUAUGGCAACUCAUCAUGGUCGGCAACGGGCAAACUCACCACAAAGAAGUCCGAUGGCACAUUACAUGACUACUUCCUAAAGAUCAUCAAGGGGGACCUUGCCGGGCCUCGUGUCCUGGGAGAAUUUGCCUGCAUGAAAGAGCUAGAAGGUGCGGUGCCAUCACUUGUGCCCAGUGCCAAAGCAGCGGGCAAAUGCAUCGACUCUGAGGGCGCCUUUUUCCUGUGCGACUACCUCGAGAUUGACCAUCGUCCUGCCAACCCCGAGCAAUUAGGCAAGAAGAUUGCGGAGCUCCACAAGGCCAGCGUCUCACCGACAGGCAAGUUCGGCUUCCACCUGACGCCCUACGACGGCAAGCUGCCCCUCGCCGCAGAAUGGGACAGCAGCUGGACGUCCUUCUUCACCAAGCUCCUGUCAGGCGUGCACCAGCUCGACCGGAAGGUUAACGGCCCCUGGCCCGAGCUGGACGACGCGAUGGAGCUGACGCUCAAGACGGUGAUCCCGCGGCUGCUGGACCGGCUGACCGAGGACGGCCGCGAGGUGAAGCCGUGCCUGAUCCACGGCGACCUGCACGAGCAGAACAUCGGCACCGAGCUGCGGACGGGCAACAUCUACAUCUUCGACUCGUGCGCCUACUACGCGCACCACGAGAUGGCCAUGGGCAUGUGGCGCGUCGACCACCACCACAUGAAGGCCCGCGAGUACCGCCGCGAGUACUUCAAGAACUACCCGCCCGACGAGCCCCAGGAGGAGGCCGACGACAGGAACAGGCUGUAUGCCAUCAAGGAGGAGAUCAUGUACUCGGCGCAUGUGCCCGGCACUAAGGCUCGGGCGCAGGCCCUGGAUGACCUCAAGUUCUUGAUCGAGAAGUAUGUCGAGUAUGAGGACUCCGAUGAGGAAGAGGACGACGACGACGAGAGCGAUGCGACCAGCUCGGUCGACGAGAAGGAGUUCCUUGUUUCACAUUCGAAAUAGAUGAUAACACGCAAGUUGGGAUAGAAUUUAAUAAAAUCGUACAAGAGGUUCGUAGCUUGCGUGUUGUGGAGCUCUAGAGGCGUGAGACCGCUUGACCAAGGUUUAUCAGAGCAACAGUGUCCUGUCUGGUGCCAGCUGCCCCACGAAAGAGGAGGGCUGUAUUAUAGCGGUCAAGGAGGACCACUCAAUUUGAGAAAAACAUACGGAGC